AUGAGGUCAAUCACAGCUUUGUUUUUCCUUUUUUGUUUCCUUGCUCCCUCUGCUUUGGCGCAACUCCGAUUCGGGUUCUACGGCCGAACAUGCCCCAAAGCUGAAGCUAUCGUUAAUAGUGUUGUUGCCAGCCGUUUCAUCCUUGACCGUUCCAUUACUGCAGCAUUGCUUCGUAUGCAGUUUCAUGAUUGCUUUGUCAGGGGUUGUGAUGCUUCCCUCUUGAUCGACCCAAGACCCGGAAGGCCAUCAGAGAAAAGCACCGGACCAAAUGCAAGCGUUAGAGGAUACGAGAUCAUUGAUGAGGCUAAGAGACAGCUCGAGAUUGCGUGUCCCAGAACUGUCUCAUGCUCAGACAUUGUAACCCUAGCCACUAGAGACUCAGUCGCAUUAGCUGGUGGUCCAAGGUUCUCAGUACCAACAGGAAGACGUGACGGAUUAAGGUCAAACCCUAAUGAUGUGAACUUGCCCGGACCAACCAUUCCCGUGGAUGCAUCCAUCAGAUUGUUUGCAGGUCAAGGUAUGACCACGAACGACAUGGUUACACUUAUUGGUGGUGGCCACAGCGUUGGUGUUGCUCAUUGUAGUCUCUUCCAAGAUAGACUUAAUGACCCUGCUAUGGACCGCACACUAAAAGCUAGGUUGAGGAACACAUGCCGUGCUCCAAAUGACCCAUCAGUGUUCUUGGACCAAAGGACUCCUUUUAUCGUGGAUAACGCAAUUUUCGGUGAGAUCAGGAGGCAGAGAGGAAUCCUAAGAAUUGAUCAAAACUUGGGUCUCCAUAGGUCAACCCGUGGAAUUGUGACUAACUUUGCAUUGAGCAAUAGAAACUUUAGAGCGAGAUUUGCCCAAGCGAUGGUGAAAAUGGGUAAAAUAAAAGUUCUUACGGGACGUUCUGGAGAGAUCAGGAGAAACUGCAGAGCCUUCAACAACGGACGUUGA